AGAAAUAGACUAUAAAAGGUAAUAGAUGAGAGUUACCUCCCUUUGUAAAUAAACCCAGGUUUUGCGGAAAUGAUUCAAUGUUGAAAGCGAAAUAACGUUAGUCGACGUGUUUCCCAGGUAGAAGGCUUGUCUGACGAACAGGUAUUUCUUCUACAAUGGCUGCAAACGUUCUUGGGAUGGCAUUUGUCCCCUACUACAAUCACUUAAUGACGAUAUUGGAAACAAACAAGGAACUCAAGAAAACUGCCACAGGUAUAUUCAAGCAGGUGGCGUGGGGAGCUGGGGGUACCAUUGCUGGGGGUGUUGUCGGAGGACCAGUCGGUGCCAUGGUUGGAGGACUUGCAGGGUCUUUGAUGGGCUACUGUAUGAGUGAUGAGUACCAAUCAAUGAUCACGACACUGAAAGGACUGACAGAUGAGGACAAACGGCAGCUAGUCAGCCAAGUCCAAGGUGUGGUAGGAUCGUCAGGGCUGGAGGCUCUCACUCGCUUCAUAGGGGCACAGGCCCAGAGGGAAAUUCUACUCAACGUACUGAACAAGUUUACUACAGAUCUCAAAGGAGGAUAGCCAUUUGUAGAAAACAUUCAUGGACUCUUUCUUCCAUGGAUGAUGUCCAGAUAUAAGACAGCUAAUGUUCUGUAACACGUGAUACAUACCGGUAUAAUUUUCAUUCUUAUCCUAGAGGAUUUAGAUAUGCACUUUAUGUGUACAUGUAUUUUUCUUGUGUGCCAGUGACCGAAAUGAGAAAACAGCUUGUACUUAUGAUAUUUUUAUAUUUUUUUAUUUAAAUGGUAUUAAUAUUCAUGAAUAUCAUGUUGCUCUAAACACAAUGUGAAAGAGAGACCUGAAUAUGUAUGCUUUUUAACAAGGGAGGGAGUUAUUUCCCCUUGCAAAGUUUGGCCAUAUUGUGUUGGCACAUCUUCUCAUCAGAUCAUGGAUAUUAUGUUAUUAUGUAUAUCAUUUUGGUUUGUGCUCUCUUCAUCAGCCUGUUUUUAUUAACAAAAUUAGUAUAUACAUACAUGUAGAUAUGCAUUAGGACUGGGACGAGUCCAAAUUUACUUCCCGGGUACCCGCCCCCCUAUUAAUCGCCCACCCACACUAUAUUUUUAAAGAACAUUGCCUGAGAACCAAUUCUUUUAUUUUUUAAGCCUUAUGUGUACAUGUAUUCAUCCUCGUGUGCCAGAGACUGAAAUGAGAAAAAAGAUUGUACUUAUUGAUAUUUUUAUAUUCUUUAAUUAAUGUGGUAUUAAUAUUCAUGAAUAUCACGUGGCUCUAACACAAUGUGAAAGAGAGAUCUGAAAAUGUAUGCUUUUUAACAAGGGAGGGAGUUAUUUCCCCUUGCAAAGUUUAGCCAUGCUCAGCUUAAGAAAAUAAGAGAAUUGAAUCUCAGGCAAUGUUUUUUGAAAAUAUAGUGCAGGUGGGGUGUGCCUUUUUUUGGUUGUAUAAACUUGUAUGUAACCAAAUAAACAAUUGUGUACAAUCAACCUGAGAAAGGGCCUCCCUACAAAAAAUACUGGAACACAGUAUUUUACUACAGUUUGACUUUUGUGAUUUCUUUGGGGUUUUAAAAAAAUGGAAAUACAAACAAAACAUGCGGCAAACUUUAUGAUGAUGCGGGUGGUGCUUGAGAACCAAGACUAUUCUUUUCUUUUAGCCUUUUGUUGUCACAUUUUUACAUCAGACCAUGGGUAGUAUGUUAUUAUGUAUCAUAUAUAUCAUUUUGGUUUGUGCAAUCUUCAUCAGCCUGUUCAUAUUAAAGAAAAUAAUUAACACUGUCUAAGUAUAUACAUAGAUUUAGAUAUGCAUACCACCAGUAUUUUUUUUAAAUAGCAACAUUACGAUGUAGGUAUUAUACAGGUCUUGAUGUCAUAGAGCACUCCACCAUGUCACUUUUCUAUCCUAGUGUACUUAAGUAAUCCUUUGCAUACUUCUGUUUGCUGGGUGAAUUCAGGUUUUUCAGUGCAUAAUCCUUUGGAGAACUAUUGGAGAAGUACAUAACAUCCCCUCAUUGUUACAUGUAUCAUCAAUCAAGUGUAUACUGAUGCUUAUAUGUGUGUAUAAAUGAAAUAAAGUAUGGAUUGGUUGAUUUUA